CUAUGCUAAUACCAGUGUUAAUAGCGGGAAGAACGCUACAGUAGAGGCGAAUGCCAAGCAUUUAUAGUCAAGGGGGAACAUUCUUGACGUCAUUUGACAUAAACGAAAGGAAAGAAAGUCGUCUAUGCUCAUCGAAUGAGAUCAGUACAAGCUAGGUAGUGGCAUUGAGGGUAAACAUCGGAUAAUCUACCUUGGGACUGCUUGAGAUGGUGUGUCUAUCGGUGUGAGAUUGCUCAACAGCAUCUAGGUACAUAAUCCUAUUGUCGAACUCAAAUACUACCUAGGUAAUCAACGAUCAUCGACAAAAUGCUUCUGCCUAACAACGAGCAUCCCACACCAGCCCAAGUCUAUGAGGCGGGCACAAUCUACGCCACUAUCCUCCGCCAUGUCAUGAAUUACCCCGACUUCCAUUACCACGAGCCUCCGACGGCCAUCAUCGCAAAGAUAGACCUUGACCGGACGCCCAAUGGGCUGCUUUUCACAUAUGACUUUGUGCAAACCACGUACACCGACUACGUGCUGCCUUUCUUGCCUCAAGGCGCCACGCGCAAAUGCAAAGAGCUCGCUAAUCCUUGGGCCUAUGCCGACCCCAAUUACCAGUGGGAGUGGACCUGGGACGCAGAAGCCGGCGCCAUGAAAGAUGCCAGCGGCGCCGUGGUCGAUUUCCCUAGACUUCCCUUGUCCCAGGUCAAUGCCCUUGCGUCCGAUCUGUUCAUGCGGGGUUUCCUCGUGAAGAAGGUAAUCCUGGAGAAUGGGACUGACAUGAAGGCCCGGACGAUGGUAGGAGGCCAACCCGUUGAUUUUGGCGAAGAGGCUAGAGCUGCGGCGAGCAAGCUUGACUAAGUAAUCUGAAAGGUUGCCUGUGGAUUCGGCUGUAAGGGAGUUCGAGUUGCAUGUCGAAUAGUAUUGUACAGCUUUGCUUGAUAUCGCUAGCAAUCACCUUACAGUACCGGUACUUGCUUGGGCUCCUUUAGCGCCUUGGCGUUUCAUGUGUCUUUCUUACUUUUCACAACAAUAUUGAAACGAGCACGUGCUCACAAAUGUGAAGUUCCGUAUAUAAUCCAAGCUAGAUUAAAGUGAACGGGAGUGGAAAUACGUAUGAAGUAAUGCUACUCUUGUAGGAACUAGUCUAGCUUUACCUCACUUGACGAAUAAUCUAAAAGUAGUUGGCAGCUCUAUUUUGUGUUAAUAUAGAAAGCAGUGAAAUGUAGGCAGAGCAAU